AUGCAAUCUUACAAAGGAUCCGAUUUCCUAGAGGCAGGGACCUUGUCCCGCUCUCGCAGUACCAGUCUCUCCAGCGACUCGCAACACCCCCGAGUCAACCUCAUGUCGCCUCCCUCCGUUCGUCCAGCGCCGGCUUUCAUCUCCUCCUCCGCUGCCUCGGAGAUCAUCACUUCUGACCAAGAAUUCAACGCCGCCGAUUUUGCUCACGAGGAUGAGGAGACGGGUGCCGGCGCAAAUGCCCUGGUCACGCCCGCCGCACUCUCGUUGCUGAAUGGGUUCCUCGACAACCUUUUGUUCAAUAUCCUAGCUGGAUCCAAAUCGACCCAGCUCGCCUGUAUCCGACCAGCCCUUGCCGAUGUGCUAAAACCGCGACUAGCCUCGGAGGUCGUGGCCACUGCCGAUGAGGAGUUGAGCGAGUAUAUGGGAGGCGCGGAGGACGAGCAGACCGAAUUCCGAGGUGGUCACGAACCCGGCGGCGACUUCGAUCUCGUACGCUCAUGGAAGUUGACGCGUUUGCGCUGUAUGGUGUACACCCGGCUGGGUGACAUGGAAGAGGAGGACGAGGACGAGUUUAUUGCGCAAGAGGGCCUGGGAGAAAACGACGGAGCGCCCCGCAGGUUCACCAGUCAUGUCGACAACAUUACCCCGGCGGCCGCCAUAUUCCUGACCUCAAUUAUCGAACACAUUGGCGAGCGAGCCCUCGUUAUCGCGGGCGAGACGGCGCGGUCCCGACUAUCCGCGAAACUGAACGACGGACAGGACGACGAGACAGAUGAGGAUGAGGAUCGCAAGCGAAUCGACCGACUCGUGGUGGAAGAUUUGGAUAUGGAGAAAUUGGCUCUCAAUGCGACUCUCGGACGAUUGUGGCGCACGUGGAGGAAGCGCAGACGCAACACCACUCUUGCGCGAACCUUGUCCCGCGAAUCCUUCCGCCGCCGCGGGUACACGCAGAACCUCGCAAACAGCCGGAAAAGCAGCGUUGUGACCAUCGAGGAGCCCAUGACCCCUCAGGAACCGCUACCUGAAGAACUUCCUGCCCCUGUUGACCCUGCUACAGUUCCUCUGCCCAUUGGCGAUUGGGAUGUUCAGGAAAUCGAAGUUCCCGGUUUCUCCGCCGAGUUGGAGGGUGAAGUCCAGACUAUGGAGGCCGUGGUCGCGCAUAAGGUGCGACCGCGUAGUCUCAUGGUAUUUUGCUCUCCAUCUCUAGGACCCAGAUCCCCUGGUUCAACUGGUUCGCCCUUGAGCGCCGGUGCCAUUGACAAUAAGAGUCUCCGCCACGCCCGCUCAAGGUCCUUGCCAAAUGCGGCGGCCAGCCCACCACGCCAGACUUCCCAGAAGACCGAGCCUGCUGCGACAGCCGAUCAGCCGUCCCCUCGGACGUCGGAGGAGAAGAAGCAGCUCGAGACCAUGUAUGAGGAUGACGAAUCGGCGGAGUUUGUGGACGCUGCAGAGACCGCCCCUGGCACCGCGAUCACCACGUCACACGAAGAGGUCCUAGAGCAGUCUGCGGCAGAAUCUGCAGAGAAAGACAGAAUGUCUGUGGUACAGGAGGAGGAAGAGGAGCAACCGGCUCCGGCUGCUGUAUCUACUGCAGGUCCUCCCGUCAACGAGACUGUUGCGUCCUUGCGAUCUUGGGAGGACGACGAGGACGAGGCUGCGACCGAUCACAGCGCGCGCGUUUCGGUCGCAUCCCUAGAUGAUCGACCUGCCAAGGAUACGGAAGUGAUUGAGGGACAAGGAUUGUGCGAGAAGCCCAAAUUGACGUCGACGAUUCACCGACCAAGACGAAAGCCCAGCAAGGAUCCUGCCCUUCUUAAUGCAAAGCCGAUCAUUGCAGAGACUAGUGAGCCCGACGUGAAUCCCGUUGUUGAUACGCCGCCAGCCACGCAAGGGGUUGACUCCGCACCAACACCAUCUGGCGCCACCGUCGAGGCUAUCGAUUCUCCUCGCGAUCAAACCGAUGUUGAAGAUCGCGAUCAGCAUAUAUCAGUCACGACUUCCACGCCUGCGACCGCCCCUGUCAACGACGAAGUGAUGCUUGAGAAGCCCAGCGAGACGAUUGUCGAAGAACCAGUCGAUCCUACCGAAUCCACCGAAUCUGUGAUUGAAGAAUCUACCGUUCAAGAGGCAGCACCCGUCUCCGAGUCUCCACGCCCGGCAUCUGCUACGGGUAGCGAGCGAUCACAACGGUCCCGACGCCACAAGCCCAGUCCGCUCGUGGUCACACCAACCAACCGCACGUCCCCGAAACUUGAGCAACGAGCUGCUGUCCAGCGCAUGCCUCGUCCAAAUAACUCUGUUUCAUCUACAGUUCAGACCAAAACUCGUCGCUCAGAAAGUGUGAGCAGCGCUCGCGAUAGGCGUCCACUCACCGCUGGCUCCACUACCUCUCAAGUAUCCAGCAAACUAAAGGGUCUCAUGAAUCGACCUCAAGCCGAAUCUCCGUCGCUGCGUCUUCGUAGCUCGUCUGAGACGAGCCGGGCAUCCGGUAGCGCAGGCUCUAUCGAACAUGAUGCUACAGAUCUAGACAAGUUGAUCAACAGUGACGAGACUAUCCAUUUCACUCUGACUCCUCGGAGUGUGCGCGAGAUGCAUUUCCCAGAUAUUCCUCGACAGAUCCCGCGGUCAGACACUACGGACACGACUGACCUUGCCGAGUUCAUCAAGAAUACCGGGCCGCCUGGAGAGGAGCCUCUGCCGCGAACGUCCGUGUCUUCGAGAAACACCGCCGACGCGAAUGCCCUCGGACGCACCAAGUCCAUCGAGUCGCCCAAGCAUAUCCCCAUCGCUUCUCGCAUGACUCUGCCGCCAAAGUCUCCAGCCCGCGAAGUUGCCCGUACUGCAGGUACCCCAACGUCAGUUCGUGACAUGGUCGAGACCAAGAAAAUCUCCAGUCCUACCAGUUCUGUGCCGCAGGCUGGCUCCCCCGUUCGCCCUCCAUCCAGCUUCUCCACCAACACCAACAACACAAGUCGCUCUAACCCGAAUCGGCCCCGUCUCCAAGCACGUCCUGCCGAGACUCGAGGCUCGCAGACCUCGGAACUGAUCGAUUUCAUCCGCGAGGGCCCACCGCAGCCCGGUGCGCACCGUAUCCCUCGUACUGUUGCACCAUUCCGCAACACCAUCGACUCGGAUGAUAUUCACUUCGACUCCGCUACGGACAAGGACCACGGUAGCUCUUUCGCUAGUGGCUCUACUCCUAACAAAUCCAUGACAUCGCUUGGUUCAAGGACUGGCCUGCUGGAUUCCAGUAACCGCGCCAAUGGCCAGGCCAAGCCUACGCCGAUGAGCAGUGCAAUGGACGAUGACGACCGCCCCGUCCCUGUUCGCAAGCAACGUCGCAUCCCAGGCCGUGCCCCAGACCCGUACGCCAUUGACGAUGACGAUGAUGACGAUCUCCUGGAAGAGCUCAUCAACGCCAAGCCACCCAAACGGGAGGAAGAAAGUCUGAUCGACUUCCUGCGCAGCGCGCCUCCGCCAGACUUUGAGCAGCAACAACCCCAGCCGUUGAAUAUCUCCAUUCCCUCUAAACCCAACGGCACGGGCAUGAAGUCCCGACUCAUGCGCAGCUCCACCUCCGCUGACAAAGUCCCCUCCUCAAAAAUGUCUAUCAGCUCCCUCCGCUCACAGAGCACCCUCAACUCUCAACAUCAGCAGUCAUCCAACUACUCCUACAAGGUUGGCAUGGCACGCAACCCGGGUAUUCACCCAUCCACAACCAACCGACAAACGGAAACGUCUGCCCUAGCGGACUUCCUCCGCAACACCGGUCCCCCAGAGCCCCCUGUCGGGCGUGAUCUGGGUGCUAAGGGCAAGGAGGGCGGAUUGUCACGCUUCUUCAUUCGUCGCAAGAAGAUGGAGGCUUAA